AACAACUGGCUAUCAAAACCAGAUUUAAUGUUUGAGUUAUCCUCCUGUUCAAACAGGAAGAGGAAGUAAAAAAGGAAAAACCGUAACUAGGCAUUACAAACAUCCAUUCUGAAGAGGUUUAUAAAAAUCAAUUUGCUUACUUCAAACCAAAGAAAGAAUGUUUCAAGCACCAGAUUACAUUGAGUCAGUGUCAGUAAAACUGUCAGAGGUUCUUUCUGAUAUAGGAGUAGAUGAGAGGAUUGUACUUAAGAGAAGAAGAGGAGCUUUACUGGCUGAAUCUAUGGCCACAAGAUCAUUACAACUACAGGAUUGCAAUGAUACAACAUACUACUUUGGCAGUCAGUCAGAGGGCACGACAACACUGGAUCUUCAUUCAGACACUGACCGUCUAUAUUGUUUCAAUGACUUUAAUGUGAUACAAGAUAGAAGUGACUGGAAACCGGGUGUACAAAUUUGUCUGAUGAUCCAGGAUGAUACUGUAUCACCUGGCUAUUGUCUUCUGCAACCUCUGAGAAAGGAUACUCCACAUCCAUAUCAUACUGUACCUAAUAAAAAUUUCAGUGAAAGAAAAGGAAAAAUAUUGAUAAAGAAUAAAGUCAUAUCUGAGAUGGCUGAUAUUAUUGAAAAUGGAGGAACAAGACAUGGUCCAGCACAUACAUUACAAAAACAAACUGGGAUGAAUUAUGUAGACAUUGUUCCUGCUUACCACUGUAAAUCCUGGCCUCUACAAGCAAGGCAGUGGUUAGACUGGCAAGGCAUAGGCCAGUGGCCUUCAGCUGACAUGAGAAGAUACUGUGACAGUACAGGAUGUUUCCUUGUUGGUGUUGGAAGCAGGGGCAGUGAACAUGAGGAAUUUGAAUGGAGAAUAUCAACAUCCCUAGCUGAAAGAUGCUUGAUGUUCAAUCUCAAUAUUACACAGAUUCAAUGUUAUGUCUUGAUGAAGAUGAUAUUGAAAACCCUUAUCAAGCCAUUAUUUGAAGAUACCAUUUCAAGUUUCAUGUGUAAAACAGUUAUGUUUCAUUGUAUUGCAAAUACACAUUCUAACAUCUGGAGAGAAAACAACAUACUUGGGUGUCUAUCACUGUGUUUAUUUGUCCUACACAACUGUAUUUUGAAUGAAAACUGUCCAAACUUUAUCAUACCUGGAAACAAUUUGAUGAGAGGAAAUAUACCACAAACAUAUAAACCUUACAUUCUGCAAAAACUAUGUGAUGUUGUAACUGGUAGGUGUAUAGCAUUACUGGGGAUUGAGUGUGACGAUCUUGGUUUAAGGCUUCAAUGUAAAAUGAAUAAUUUAAGCUCAUUCAAAGCAAGUGAUAUUGUUUCAGGAUAUAUAUUAAAGUCACUUGCAUACAGCAUUGAUUUUAGCAUAAGGCCUUGUCUUAUUUGCAACAGUAGUAACGAAGAAGCUGUACAAACACUGCGGAAGUAUAUUUCCAAAUUAGUUGAUAUUUCUGACCAAUGUGAAGGAGUGGACAAAGCAGUAUACCACCUUCUUGCACCAUGGUUUUAUACAUCCCUGGGAACUGCCCUAGCAUCCUACAGCAUUCAUUUGGACAAUGCAGUAUCAGCAGAAGCUCUCACCUGGAUCUCCCUCGGUUUGAAUACAGAUGUUUCAUCAAGUAAACUGAAGCUAGCAUCAAUCUACUACUGUACAGGGGAUACUCGGAAAAUGGAAACGACACUUAGGAAUAUUGAAAGAAGUUAUGACGUAAACACUGUUGAGCCUAUUUGUUCUUGCCAUUUUUACAUCAAACAAGCUCUGAGAGAAGGAUUUCUUGCAAUAUCUAAUGAUCAUAACGAAGAAGCUAUACAGCACAUUUUAGCAUUCUGUGUUAUAUUUAUGCCAUAUGAAAUAAAAUGUGUUCCACAUGAACUACAGUAUGAAAUGUUUAGAUCUUCGAAAGACGAUCUAGCUUUCAGACCCCUACAUGACUACUGGAUAAAAUGGGCUGUGGUUGAUUCUCUCCCUUAUCUCUACUUUCUACAAUACAAGACCUACAAAAGUCUUGGGAGACAAGAUGAAAAGAAAAGAGCACUGUCUAACCUUCUCAAGACAACUGACCGAGAACCAAAUCUUGGACACAGGGAAACAGCUUUAAAUUUACUCGGACAAUGCAUGGAACAAGAGAACCGGGCUACAGAUGCUUUGCGCUGCUAUUUAAUAUCCUUAAACCUAAGGGAGAGAUACAAUGCUGCAAAGAUCCAUAUAUGUAGACUUUUAUCAAGUUUACUAAGUAACAAGUAGACAGCAAAGAAAAGCAGACUGGUUGCCAAAUGAUAGACAUUAAUUUGUAUAUUUUGGCAGUAUUCUACUUGUCACAGUUCUGAACAUCAGAACAAAUUUCACCUUAUAUUUAGAAACAGGGCUUGAUUUUUCAAGGGGCCUAGAAAGAGGUACCUGAAGUUUGUCUUUUUGCAUCAUGACAGUAGAUAAAAUCAGCUACUGAUUUUUUCAUCGUAAAAGUCGAGUGAAAUUGGAAACAAGACCUCAAGUACAACUUCACAUGCUAAGUAAUAUCUCUAUAAGGUUUCAUUAUUCAAGGUCAAAUACUUUUUUGUGAUACCUGCUACACAAACUUUCUGCACUCUUUUUCCUGAGACAUGGGCCAUAACUCUAGUCUGACCAAGUGAAAUGCCAAACAAAACCCCAGGUGCAAUCUUUACAUGCUGAAAAAUGGUCCUAUGACGGUCGGAAGUUUUUUUUGAGAUAUGCCCAACACAAAUUUGAACAGACUGACAGACAAAUGGACAGAUGUAUGGACGGACAUAUAGACAAAGGUUAAUCUUUAGAAGUGCCCAUCCCUGCCUCCCAAAAAUUUAAGUGGGACCAAAAUAUAAUAUUACCUCAUAUACCAUGGUACCAAUGUAAUCAUACAGCUAUUCAUAUAGUGGUUUCAUGCAAAUCUGAACCAUUUAAUCAAUCUACUGACUUGUAAGGUCAGUGCAACUGUGCUAAUGGGAAACUAAGUGAACUGCUAAUGCUUAAAAUAUGCCUGUGCUUGUUUCUUAAUACUCAUUCUUGGAUGGCUGCUUGUGGACUUGGAACUGUAUUUAUUUUAGAAAUAUGUGGAGUCCCUCAGAGGACAGUUGCUUGUGCGUAAUUAUACACUGGAAACAGAAUUCCACAGAAGUUUUGCAUUAAAAACCUAGCAAUUAUUAAGACAAGAUCUUCAGUAGUUUAAUCAUUUCUAUGGACAAUGAUCAACUUGAUUUUUUUCUGUUAAAUUGCUUUAAUAAAAGAGUGCUGAUUUUAUCUAUGUGCUGAAGUUACCUCGCCAACCAGUAACUAUUCUGCUAUCUACUGGACAAAAAAUAAAAGCAUUUCAAUAUGAAGGUGAUCUACUCUGCCCUUCCUUGGCUUUUUUUAUAUUUGUAGCUCUGACUUAAGCCAACUACAAAGGUUUGUGCAGUUUUGUAUAUUGUAAGCUGUAAUUCUGUUAGUUCUACAGUGUAACUUGCUCUCAUGCACGAUAAGUUAAAUACAUGUUUCACAAAUAAUUAGAAACAAUUUUGAAUCUCCUCAUUGAAAUGUUUGUAACCAUUUUUCAAGAAUAUUUUCAACUAUUUUAAUACAAAGGAUUUAUGUCUUGACAUUUGUUGUAAAAUUGUUUUUUUUAUGUCUAUUAUUCUCAGAAUCAGUGUAGUAGCAGAUGGUUCAGCAUAUGGGAAUUUACACAGAAUCUCAUUUUUCAUGACAAGGCCCAAGAUUUUCUUUGCAAAGUGAAAUGUGAAAUGCCAAUCGCUAUCUGAUCUUUCCAAAAAAGUAAAAAAACAUUUUGCAAAGACACUCAUUUUUCAUUUUGGCAGAAAAAAUACAUGUCUGUUUCAUAUUGUAAGAUACACUGAUGUCUAAAUUUAAGCAAAUGUUCACUUUAUUUUAGCUAUGUUAUAAUUCUGUUUAUAUUUUAAUUUAUCAAAAGUGUCCUUACGGUAAACCAAUGUAAAAAGUCAGCAUCCAGAGACAAGUACACUCUGCUAGAUAUAUACCAUCCCCAUCAAUAAAUUUCUUCUUGGGUUUAGAUUCAAUUGGAUUUUAAGCAAAAAUUUAACGUAAAAAUUCUGAUUUUUUUUCAAAAUUUUGUCCCGACUUUGCUGCUGAUUUUUCGUAAAUUGAAUUGUGUUUUCAUCCUUACAUGUCUCUAAUCACUGGGAGUAAUGAGAUUUAUUACUGCCCCAUUUUAAUCUCUUUUAACAGCUUUUGUAGCAAGGAAUUAAAAUGUCUCUGAACACAAAGCUGUUUAUGGUCAUUAUUAUGUGUUUCACAACUGCAGGGCUGACUCAUCACAGAUGUAUAAAUAUGUGUUUUAGUACAAGGUGUAAUGAUUGGCUGAUUUGUAUGAAAGUUAGUGUAGUAACUGACAAUUUAUUUCAUAAACUGAUUUGUAUUUAACAAGGUAAUACUAUGUGUAAAUGUAUUUGUUAAUAAAACUUUCUAUUCUGAUCUGUCCUAUUGUGUUCGAUACAUAAAAAAAAUUGUCA